AUGAUGAAAUUAAUUAUCUGCUCUAUUGGUCUGCUCUUACUUAUCUCAUUUACGUCUGGCUAUGACACUGAUAUGGAUGAACUUGGGGAUAAAAGUUUGGAACUUGAACUUCGUUCAAUAUUAAAUCAUUUGAGCGAUAAUUCAAAUGAGGAUGAAGAACGUUCAAUUUUAUCUGGUACCGUAGAUCUAAGACUGAAACAUAUUUUUUUAACUUUACUUCUCUUUCAAACAUAG